CUGGGGACGAAGCCAGUGGCGCUGCGCUGAAUGCAGCUGCGCGCGCCCGCCCAGUGAGCCCGAGAUCUGAGCCAGGCGGGGGCGGCCAGACGUUUCCCGCCCAGCUUGGAUCAGAGGAAGCCGAAAGCGACCUCAGCAAGGUGAGGCGCCCAAGGCUGCAGAAGACCGAGCAGAACUUUGCAGAGUUCGGGAUGUGCUGGGCUAGGUCGCUGAGGACUUGACUCGCCUCCUCCCUCCUUCCCUCCACCUUCUCCCGCCCCUCCACCAUCCAGGGGGUUCGUUCCGGGUUUCCAGCUAUCAGCUCCCGGUGUCGUGUUUGAGGGUAGGGACCCCGAUUUCUGUUUGCAUGCACAGUCAGCAGCCCUAGCGCCAGAACCUAAAGCUGGAUAUCUUUUGACUGGGCUACCAGCCCGGGUCUCAAAGUUUUGAGAGCCGGGCGCUGAGCUCAGGCCCCAGCGAGGCCCGGAGCGCCAUGGCCGACCCGCAGGCUGGGUCGGCGCCCGGGGACUGGGAGAUCGAUGUCGAGAGCCUGGAGCUGGAAGAGGACGGCUGCGAGGCGCCGCGGUCAACGCCCCCCGGGCUCAGCCCGCCGCCGCCGGCCGACGGGGACGGAGAGGACGACGAGGAUGACGACGGGGAGGACGAAGACGCGGAGGAAGAGGGCGACGGCGAGGAGGCGGGAGCGCCCCCGGGGAUGCCCGGCCCGCCGGAGCCGCAGCGGGGACUGCAGCCCAGGCCUCCGCUCGCGCCUCAGGCCUCGCCGGCGGGCACCGAGCCCCCGGAGCGCGGCACCCCUGCGGGCGGAGGCGCGGAGCCGCGCAAGCUGAGCCGCACGCCCAAGUGCGCGCGCUGCCGCAACCACGGCGUGGUGUCCUGCCUCAAGGGCCAUAAGCGCUUCUGUCGCUGGCGCGACUGCCAGUGCGCCAACUGCCUGCUGGUGGUAGAGCGGCAGCGCGUCAUGGCCGCCCAGGUGGCGCUCCGGAGGCAGCAGGCCACCGAGGACAAGAAGGGGCUUUCUGGGAAACAGAAUAAUUUCGAGCGCAAAGCUGUGUACCAGAGGCAAGUCAGAGCUCCCAGUUUGCUGGCCAAAAGCAUUUUAGAAGUUCUCCUUGGAUUAUUCUACAGCUAUUACAGUGUGUACAUAAUGAACCAUCUUUAGAAAAUAAAAGUGACAUCAGCUCUAGGCUAUCGCCCCAUUCCAGCAGAGAAUUAUGUAGGAGGGACCUUUCCUCUACCUCCCCCAGUUAGCGACAGGAUGAGGAAAAGAAGAGCCUUUGCUGAUAAAGAGUUGGAGAACAUUAUGCUGGAGAGAGAAUAUAAAGAAAGGGAGAUGUUGGAAACGUCUCAAGCUGCUGCCCUGUUCCUGCCCAACCGCAUGGUGCCUGGACCUGACUACAACUCCUUCAAAAGUGCCUAUAGCCCCAGCCCAGCGGAACCACCAAGCAAGGACUUCUGUAAUUUUUUGCCCACCUGCCUUGAUUUAACCAUGCAGUAUUCAGGGUCUGGGAAUAUGGAACUAAUUUCUUCUAAUGUCAGCGUGGCCACGACUUACAGACAGUAUCCCUUGUCCUCAAGAUUUUUAGUUUGGCCCAAGUGUGGUCCCAUUAGUGACACCCUCCUCUACCAGCAAUGCCUGCUAAAUGCCACCACCUCAGUUCAAGCCCUGAAGCCUGGGGCCAGCUGGGACUUGAAGGGGCCACGAGUCCAGGAUGGACUCAGUGCAGAGCACGACAUGAUGCCAUCGAAAUUGGAAGGCUCCCUGGUGCUGCCUCACACUCCUGAGAUCCAGACCACGAGAAGUGACCUUCAGGGUCAUCAGGCUGUCCCAGAGAGGUCCGCAUUCUCCCCACCCCGACGGAAUUUCUCUCCUGUUGUUGACACGGACUCCCUGGCAGCUCAAGGGCACGUCUUAACGAAGAUCAGCAAAGAAAACACCAGGCACCCUAUGCCACUUAGACAUAAUCCAUUCCACUCAUUAUUCCAGCAAACGCUUAAUGACAAAUCGGGUCCUGAGUUGAAAAUACCAUUUGUCAAAGAGGCCUUUGAAGAGACCCCUAAGAAACACAGAGAGUGUUUAGUUAAGGAGAACCAGAAGUACACAUUUACAAUAGAUAGAUGCGCAAAAGACCUUUUUGUAGCCAAACAAGUUGGAACAAAACUCUCGGUGAAUGAACCACUGUCAUUUUCUGUUGAAUCUAUUCUUAAGAGGCCUUCAUCUGCCAUCACUCGUGUCUCUCAGUGAAAGGCUGCUUAAACAGAAAGCUGGGUUUUCUGCAGUCUGAGAGCGUUUUUGCCAUUCGCUAUUUUUUUUCGAAGUUAAGAUGUUUGUGUAAAGAAAUUUCUAAUGUAAAGAUGAUUUUGAAAAAUUUUAUAUAUUCAUAAUAUGCAUGUACUUUUUCUUAUCACAUAUAUUUAAACUUACAGAUGGAAAUUGCCCAAUGUGCAAAUUGUUAAGUACCAUGCUUUACACGACAUUUCAAAAAGCAAUAAAAUUGACACUGUCUUCUAAA